AUGGGUAUGAAGACGAUGGAGAUGAUAGGAGAGGUAAUAGGGAUCAGCGGAAUGGCCAGAAAAAUUCGGGUGAGCCUGAAUUGUAUCAAGUUUAUAAGGUCAGGGUUUCGAGAGUGGUGGACACCAGUUGCUUUGUUAGUGGUGCUAAGAGCAUCUCCAGCGCAGCCCAGGCUAAGGGGGAAAGGCUGCCAGAGGCAGCCCGAGACAGCUCCAGCGCAGGGCCCGUAG